AUGACGUUUGAAAAACAUAAUACCACUAAUAAUGAAACUCAAAAUUGCGCUAAUGAAGUCGAGCAACCACUUAAUAAGAUUAUACCAACUGUUAAAUUCCUUCCAGAGAAUAUUAUAUGGGACGGAAAUGUUGACGUAACAAAUAUCGAUUGGACAGUAUUAAAUAUGGAACCGUCGACCGGACUUCCUACUUAUCCAACUAGUGAAAUUGAUUUCUCUGAUGGUAAAAUUUCCGAAAGAGAUAUUCAAUGGCCGGAUAAUAAUAAUAAACCUAUAGUUAUCAAUGAUAAUAUAGAAUUCAGCGAUAAAUCUAUUGUCAUAAAUGAUGAUAAUAUAGAAUUAAGCGAUAAAUCUAAUGUUAUCAAUGAUGAUAUAGAGUUCAGCGAUAAAUCUAUUGUUACCAAUGAUGAUGAUAUAGAAUCCAGCGAUAAAUCUAUUGUUACCAAUGAUGAUGAUAUAGAAUCCAGCGAUAAAUCUAUUGUUACCAAUGAUGACAAUGACGAAUAUUUAAAAAUCAAUUUUUCAAAGCUUGAAUGGACUGACAAAUUUAGAAUGGGCCACGAUGAUAUAGAAUCCAGCGAUAAAUCUAUUAAUUCAGCGAUAAAUCCAAUCGAUAAAUCUAAUGUUAUCAAUGGUGAUGAUAUAGAAUCCAGCGAUAAAUCCAAUGUUAUCAAUGGUGAUGAUAUAGAAUUCAGCGAUAAAUCUAAUGUUAUCAAUGGCGAUGAUAUAGAAUUCAGUGAAAUUAAUAAUCAAUUUAAAGAAAUGUGCACGCAAGCAGAAUCUUACAAUUCUAUUGAUGAAUUAUAUGGUGGAUUGAACAUUCCUGAUUAUGCUAAUGAUGAACAUGUUAAUAAGCAUGAUGAGCAUGUUAAUGAGGCGAAUGGUUGGGUAGAAAGUUCACAUACAGUACGAUCUAAUCACGUUAUUGAUCAAAAGAAUUCUAUAUCCAAUGGCAUACAUUAUGAGUCUAGAUCGCAUUACACUGUUAGUUAUACCCGUCGUCGACGUCGUCCACGCAGUUAUCUAGAGCAACGAAAAGAUCCAAGAUAUAAUCCUGAUACAGAUCAUUGGAUGAGUGAUGCUACCUUUUUAUCAUUUCAUGAUCAAGAACGGAUUGAUCCUUUAAAACGAGAAAAUGAAAAGCAUGAUGCUGUUAUUCAAGCUGCAUUGGACGCAUGGAGUGCAAAUAAAGAUGUAACUAUGGAAGUUUUUAAAACAAAACCGACUAAGGAUACAAGGUCAAUUUCUGAAAUAUUUGAUGAUGAUGAUAGAGGGGAUAUAGUACCACCGGUUGUAUCAUAUAAUCAAACUUUACCAUUGAAAGAAUUGUCUAUAUCAAAGUCCCCAAUAAUACCUCCUCAAACGCGUCUCUACCAAGCUUUAUAUGAAGGCAAUAUUGCCCAAGCCAAUUCCGUUGCAAAAUAUCUCGAUAGAUUUAAGAUUGAUUUAUCACCAAUUCUUUCUAUUAAAUUACCUGACGAUAUUGAAAUCGAAGUUAGGCAGAAUAGUAAAUGGCCAGCUUAUUAUGUAGAUGCAGAUAAAACUAAACGUCGUUAUUCAUGUGAGGAAACGAUAAAGAAAGCUCUCCAUCAUAUUAUUCACUCAAGAGUGGCAAUUAUUAACGCAGCCCCUGUUACGUCUGAAGUUUUAUUAAUUACAAAGGCUGUCCAACUUCUUUCCGAACCUCUGAUUCAGAGAUAUAUUUCUGCCCCUAUAAUUGUCAUAACAAAGAGUUCUCUGACACUUGACAAAAUACUGGUGGAACUUCUUUCCAAUUUUCCAAAUUUAAUUCGUGUUGGUUCAACUAAGCAAUGCAAGAAUCGUUUACUUGCUGGACGGCAGGUAGACAAUCUUCAAAACGAAAUCAGUACAUUGUAUAACCGACAAAUUGAUCAUCUCAAGGAUACGAGAAUCGAUUUGUUGAAAAGAAUAAAAGAACGUUUUACUUUCAUGUCCGAUGAUUAUUUUCUUCAAUCAGCUCCAAGUCAGUUCCAAAGGCAAUUAAUUUAUCAUAAGGGUAAAAAAACCAUUUCUCCAUCGAGAGAUGUUGAACUGAAAGCUUUAAAGGCUUGGUUGUCAAAUGAUUAUCCGUCAACGUCGACUGGUAGCCGGUCUCCAACAGCAUUGUUUGAAGAAUCUACUAUUCGUAGGCCUUUUAAAUGUUGUUUAAACAAAUCACCUUUACAAAAAAUUUUAUCUGCAAAUAUGGAUAAUCUUUUUAAUGGCUCUCCGGACGAUCAUUAUUCAAAAAUAACGUUACCAUUUAUGUUUUCAGUAAUCGAAGAGCUGGAAAAUAUUUUGUCAUUCGAUGAUGACACUAAUGAACUCAAUAACAUUUAUUCUUCGAACAUUGAUGAAUUACAAUUUAUUAAUAACUUAAUUAGUCACCUACCUCAAGAUCAGGUGUUUUUGUUUAAUAAAAAAAAUCAACCAGAAAAAUUCCCAAAUGAUCUGAAAAAUGACAUUACUCAAUUUUGGCGGCAUAUAAAUAUAACAAAUAUUUGGAAAAUGCCAACAAGUGAUCGUAAACUAUAUCGACAUAUGUUUAAUCGAAUCAUAUCAAAUUAUUACGAUCCGAUUAUAACAAAUAUUUACACCAGUGCUAUGAAAUUAAAUAGUACUAUGGAUGUGAAACGGUUAAAGAAAUUAUCUGAUGUUAUGAAAGGUGCCCCGGUUAUAGGUUUUUCUUGGAAGAACGCUAAAUGUCUUAAAAAAUUAUUUCAUGAUUCUUCACCAGCGUCAACACCAGUUUUUAUCAUAGAUGAAGCCUCAGAAAUACCUGAAGAUGAAAUUUCUUGUAUUAUCCACAAUAAUGAAGAUCUCGAACAUUUAGUUAUGAUAGGUGAUAUGGUUAGAAGUUGUGGUAAAUCUUUAUUUGAACGAUGGAUUUUAAAUGGUGGCAGGCAUUAUAGACUUUCAGAACAGAGUCGUGUACAUCCAAACAUAAACGAUCUUUUGAGUCCAUUUUACAAGCGAAUUUCGGAUGAUUUAUCAUUUUUAAAAAACAAUUCUAAUAUCCUUGGUACUACAUCUAACAUUUAUUUCUUAAAUCAUCAAAAUUAUGAUGAAGUUCCUGAUGGUAUAUCGAAAAAAAUGAUAAAUACUAUUGAAGCUGAAUUCGUUACAAAAUUUGCUUUCUACCUUUAUCAGCAAGAUGCUGAUUUUGAUCCUGGAAAUAUAACUAUCCUUACUCCAUUUGUCGAUCAAAAAGAGUUAAUUAAAAGUUUAUUAUCACCUGAACUUACAAAGGAGAAAACUGUAAAAAUUCGUGAGAUAAUAACGAAAGAAAUUGGAAUGCGCAAUUACGAAAAAGAAUUUGCUCAAAAAAUAAUUGUCACUGAAAAAAAAUUAGGAACUGUCAAUGUUCGAUUGAUUAAUGAUUAUCGUUAUGAGGAAAAUCAGAUAGUCAUUCUUUCUCUUGUUGCUGUUCCGCAACGAUUACAACAAGAUGCAUUAGCGACAUUGAGAACAAAAGAUCUUGUAUAUACAGCCUUAUCUAGAGCUAAUAGAGGUUUAUACAUUUUUGGUGAUGGUGAUGUAUUAAAAAAUAUUCAAUUAUGGAAUACUAUCAUUAAAAAAACUAUGGAUGAGCUCAUCCUUAGUUGCCAAAAUCACGGUGUUCAAACCAAAAUUAGCCAUCCUAAUCAUUUUGAUCAAUACGUUCCUCUUGGUGGCUGCAUGGUAAAUAUUCUAAAAUAUGGAAUGAAUCAAUAG